AUGAGGUACCACCACAGUAUCACAGAAUCAGCUGAACUGUGUGGUUGGAGUGCAGCUUUUGCGGUGAUGGCGAUCUCGGUGGUGAUGGUGAACACAUUGACGUUGAUGACCUUCAUAAAAACCAAGUUUCUCUUGACGCGGAAACAUGUAAUCAUCAUUAACAUCACUAUUGCUGAUCUUCUAUUUGGAGCUGCAGGACUGUCAUCAGGAAUGUUAUACCUACUUAAACCGUCGGAAUUUUCUUUCUUCCUUCUUCGUGCCACAAUCGGCUUCACAAAAAUGUCGACUCUUAUUUCCACCGGCGCGCUUGCUGUUGAGAGAAUGUGCGCCAUUGGUUUUCCUCUUCGUCACAAAGUUUUAACUAACAGAGUUUACAAGGUCACUUUGAUAUCCAUUUGGAUUAUAUCAGCUGUUAACACAAUUAUGGUUACACUCUACUGGGCUGACGUCUGGGGACAUAUACUGAUGGCAUCCGGGGGGUCACUUUUCUUUUCUACAGGAGUGGUUUUCAUGGUGGUUUUUUGCCACGUCAUUAUCUGGAUUUUAUUCCGACAAAGUAAUCGACGUCACAGACUACCAUCUAAUCCGCGAGACAAAGCAUUAGCUAUAACACUAUUGUACGUCACCAGCGCUUUCAUAAUAACAUGGGUGCCUCUGACGUUGUAUUUAUCAAUUGCCCAUGUUUGCAAAAGCUGCGUGAAACCAACACAAGAAGAAAGGAUAUCAUUUGGCAUACUUCUUGCGCUGGGUCUCCAGUCGCUUGUUAAUACAGUCAUUUACUGCUUUAGACUCCAAGGAUUUAUUGCUAGUCUCAAAGCCCUGGUGAAGAAAAUAAAAUGC